AGGGUGGUCACGUGACUCACGUGGCUGGUGUUGUUACAGUUAGGCUGUCAGGUGACCAAUAGGUGCGGAGCUUGUUGCUGUGUCUCCAGGUUGCUAUGGAGACGGCAGCAGCAGCAGCACGGACCGCCAUGCAGCCCUCAGCCCCGGCUUCUCCCCGCUCCCUCCUCCUGCUCCUGGGCUUGGCUCGGUUCUGUCUGCCCCAGUCCACCUCCAUCCCCUUCAUCCUGCCGGGGAACUGCAGCGGCGGCGGCCAGUACUACAGCGCGGUGCGGUUCUCCUGCGACAGCUGCGACUCCGGACAGAGGGCUCCAGAUGGUCUCGGUUGCGCCUGUCCGACGGGUUUCGCUGUUUCGGAUCUGGGAUCUCCACAAGUCACCUGUAGUCAGUGCCAGCCUGAUGAGCGCGUGUCCGUGGACCGGAGGAGCUGCCUGCGGUGCGUCGGCAGUGGGUGCUCCUGUAACAGCAACGAAGCUGCAGAGGAAAACUUAGUAGAUAAAACAUACACGUGUGUCUUCUGUACGGGAGGGACCAGGCCAAAUGCAGCAGGAGACCAGUGUGAACUGUGUCCUCCCACCUUCAAUAGUACCUGCAGCUGUGCCACCAACCACGAGAGCGGAGGCCUCUGUCUUCCCAUCGCCAAACAGGACCUCACCUCGGUGACACUAUGGGAGUCUCUGUACCUGUACGCCAGCUACGCGGUUUGUAUGGACUACAACAACGUGACCGCCUGCCAGGUCCUCGUCAAUAUGGUCGCCAUGAACGCCUUCUCCAGCAGCAGCAAAGCCUUCGAGCUGUACAGCAGCAUCAGUCCAUCCAAUCCAUCUCUGCCACCCGUGAUUUACAGUACGGUGACUCAGCUGGGCACCACGGCGCCAACCAACCUGUCCUACCAGAAGAACGCACAGAUCCAGUUCCGGUUGGUGAAGUACGAUGUCCGUGGGCAUUUCUUGGGUUGGGAAAUUCUUAGAGGGGACACGUUACAGAUGUGUCCGUCCACGCAGAUCGCCUUGGAUGCCGUCUUUAAAUUCGGAACAUUUUACAGCCUGUCGUGCUCGCUGCAGGUGGCCGAUCUCUUCCAGAAGGUGCCGGAGCCGGUAUUUUACGAGCUAUUCUUGCUGUACACCUCCGCCAGCGGUGCCACCAUGCUGUGGCCGGUACCCGUGUGGAAUGCCAACCUCCAAGGCAGCGGGGGGACUCUCGGCUCCCGCGCUCUGAGGCGAUUCUUUCUGGUUGACGGCAUCUCCGGCAGAACGUUAAAUCUCUCCAGCGUGCCGACCUACGUCACCGUCGCCACAAGCCUGACCCUGAGUGUGUUCCUGCCGCUCAGCCCCCCGAGCAGUGUGCCCCCCGUCCAGCUGACUGUACAGUACCAGAGGCAGAGUCUGCAGGCCGCCGCACAGGUUUCAUUCGCGGUCACGUACACGCAGAGUGACGGGACAUAUAAACAGGCCACGGACAUUUCCCUUGGGGUGUUGGGCUCUUUGGCCGCCUUACUGGCAAUUUUGGAGACCAGCAGUUGGCUGCGGAGAUCCGGGCAGCAGAACAUUGGCGUUAUGGUGAUUAUUAAAUUCCUGGCCUUCCUCAGUGGUACACUGGCAAACACAUUUUUCCUUGUGGCAUAUGGGAUCGCAAUCUACUGGCUGAUUGCCUUUAAGGGUCAGACGUCGGUGGUCAGUGUGGCUUUGCCGCUAUCCGGGGGGCAGCAGGAGACGGAUUUCAUCACCUUCGUAUCCGUGGCGUUCUCUCUGAAGGCGUUGGAGGUCGUCCAUUUGCUAAUCUCGCAGCUCACAUACAACAUCUUCCUGAUCGACUGGGAGAAGACAAAAGACAAAAGGUCAUCUAAUGCCCAAGGAAGGUCUAACGUCAGCAUCUGGAGGACCAUCCUGGUGGCCAACGAAUGGAGUGAGAUCCAGGCUCAUCGGAAGCUGAGUCCUCUGCUGCAGCUCUUUGCGGUGCUGCUGCUCCUGGAGGUGGUGGGCCUGAAAAACAUCGCCACCACGGACCUGAACCUGGAGCUGAGCCCCGCGGCCGGGAGCUAUCGGGCCCCCAUGAGUAUUUUCCUGAGGUUUGGCUUGUCGGCCUCCAUGUGGUUGGCCGUAGGGAUCGUGCAGGCCCUGUUCUUCAUCCUCAUCUAUGAGAGAUUCUUUGAAGAUAAAAUUAAGCAGUUUGUGGAUUUGUGUUCGCUGAGUAACGUGUCAGUCUUCAUCCUGACUCACAAGUGUUACGGGUAUUAUAUUCACGGGCGGUCGGUGCACGGUCAGGCCGAUGUCAGUAUGGAGACCAUGCUGGAGAACCUGCGCAAGGAGGAGGACAAUUUGUGCCCCCUGAGAGGAUUAGAGGCCGGCGCGGAGCAGCAGACGUUCGAGGUGCUGCUGAGCGAGCGGGUGCGGGAGCAGUACGAGAAGAUCAUGCAGCCACUGAUGGAGGCUCCCAGGGGCCCAAAAAGUGGGAACGAAAAAAACCCGAUGCUACAGCAAAGGAUAAAAACCUAUUACACCAUUAACCGCUUCCUGUCCGGCUUCCUGGAUCACGUCUAUAAGGACAUGGAUUACAUGGUGAAGGACAAGCUGUUCCUGGAGAGCGUCCUGGACCUCGAGUUCCAGCAGCCCAUCGAUAAGUCCAUAUUUUACAACGACGAGCGGCUUCGCUUCGGCCGCGCUCUCUUCUACGGUAACGAGCUGGUGCUGCUUCUCUUCGACACCCUCCUGUUUUGUGUCAUUGAUUUGGGGACACAGAAUUUCGUGCUGGCGACGAUUAUAACCUUUGUGGUGCAGAUGUUGGUGAAGUUUUUACGAUCAGAAAUUGGAAAAAAGAAUCUGUCAAUGCAAACAAUGGUGGAAGAAAACUUCCUGAUAUGAGGGGAGAGCAGCGGCGCCGCCGGAUGUAUACCUGGCUACUGCGUCACCCCCUGAAUGUACAGAACAAAACUCACUUUUAUGAUUUUUUAAUUUAGAUUUUUUUUAUAAUUUUGUUGGAAUUUGAUACAAAUAAAUUAUUUUUACAUUUUAAAGACACAAAAUGUAAAUAAAGAAACAUUUCUGAUUGAUUUUAAUUUACAUGUCACAAAAAAAAA